UUCACUCGUUGUGGUCUCGUCUCGUCAGCCGACCGCGACGACUUUACGCUCAGUAACAAGCUUGUCCUUUUAAUACAAAUCCUCAAGAAAUGUGAAGAAAUUGGUGAUAAGUUAUUAGUCUUCUCUCAGUCGUUAGAAUCUUUGAGUUUAAUCAAAAAGACGUUAGAAUAUCUUGAUGAGACGAAACAGUGGUUCGCUGAUGGCCACGAAGCUGUAAAAGCCGAAGGAGAGAAGUGGGGUUGGAAGGAAGGUCGAGACUAUAUGGUAAUUGACGGGUCUGUACAGUCUGGGAAACGAGACACUGUACAGGUUAAAUUCAACAAUCCGAGUAAUUUGCGUGCGAGGUUAAUGUUAAUAUCUACACGUGCGGGUUCCCUCGGGACGAACAUGGUUGCUGCAAAUCGAGUGAUAAUCUUUGACGCAUGCUGGAAUCCUUCCCAUGACACUCAAUCGCUCUUCCGUGUUUAUCGAUUUGGUCAAACCAAGCCGGUGUACAUAUAUCGAUUUAUUGCGCAAGGCACUAUGGAAGAGCGAAUCUACAAACGCCAAGUUACAAAAGAGUCAACUUCAAUGCGGGUUGUAGAUGAAGCUCAAAUUCAACGACAUUACGAUGGCCAUGACUUGGAAGAGCUUUAUCUGUUCAAUCCCAACGAGUUGGACGCUAAUGAUACACAAGCUAGACCAACUUUUGCUCCUCCAAAGGAUCGCCUUCUUGCAGAGAUUCUGUUAACAAACAAGGAUGCCGUAGUUGAUUAUUUUCAACAUGAUACGCUGUUUGCUCAUGUUGAAGAAGAAAAGCUUUCGGAAGAGGAACUCAAAGAGGCGUGGGACGAUUACGAGCGUGAUAAGAACAUGAGCGCCUACGGACGGGCAGGACCUCUUGGCGCAGCAGGCGUCGGUGCAAAUAUUGGAAAUCUUGGCAUGAAUCCGAUGUCUGCUUAUCAUCAGUUGCAACAGCAACUUGUACGUAAUCAGGCGCUACAACAACUUAAUCGCGAUGUUGUAUACAUCAACUGCUUCAAUAUUCCUCUCAUGGACCACGACACUGCGAUGAAGGUCACAUAUCUCAAAAAAGCCUUAGAGGACUUGCUGCCGCAGAUUCCAUACGAGAUGCGCGGUGGCAUUUCGGAAUUCAACUCAUACUUCAUUAACUUCAUAACGGUAAUUGUUGCAUCAUUUUUCAAAUUGUCUUUACACUAGUU